AUCUCCCGACUCGUUGCACGAGAAAAUGGCAGCCCCGCUGCGGCUUGGCUAUUUUGAGAAGAUAGAACCCUGUAGUUCAGAGACUGAAGGAGAGCAUUUACCAGAGCCAAGGAGCGGCCACAGACUGGUAGUGGAUGACAGCAAUCUUUACAGUAUUGGAGGUUACAAUCCACUGUUUUGGGCGGUAGAAAAUACAGAGGACACCUAUUACCCAUUAUUUAGGGAGUUAUGGAGAUUUAACUUUGCCACUCGAAGAUGGGUAAAAGAAAAGUGUGAGGGCAACAUGCCUUGUGAUUUGGCAUCACAUUCAGCAAUCCUGGUGGGACGUAAAAUCUUGGUGUUUGGAGGAACAGGUGUCCCGUUUGGGGAGAAGAGUAGUAAUGAUUUGCAUGAAUAUUGCUUGGAUAAAGCAUUGCGAUCCAUUGAGUGCAUUGGGGACCUUCCACAGAAGAAGUAUGGUCAUGCAAUGGUGCUCCAUGGGAACUUUUUGUAUAUUGUUGGUGGGACAACUGGCUAUGUAUACAACGCAUCUGUUCACAUAUUAGAUCUUGAUACCUGUGUGUGGCGAAGUCCUGACCUAGAGAAAGUGCCGAAAGGAAGAUACAGACAUGAGGUGGUUUGUGAUGGCAAGUACUUCUAUAUGCUCGGUGGGGGGACUGCUGUGACUGUUUCUGGAUUCAGCGAGAUACCUGUAUUUGACCUGAAGGAAGAGAAGUGGAAGAUCAUUCGAGCUCAACCUGAUCCUCAGCACGGCUUUCCUGCUCCUAGACGAUGUCAUGGAUGUGUGCAAUAUAGUAAUGUGGCAUACAUUAUUGGUGGACUAAAUGAAGGCUCUAUUUUGGGAGACCUGUGGGGUUUUUGUCUCAAACGACUCAAAUGGUUCAAACAUCCUGCCUCCAUGCCCUGCCCUGCAUAUUUUCACUCAGUUGGAGUUUCAAAGGAGGGAUGCCUAACGGUGUUUGGUGGAGUGAUUUGCAUUGACAAUGAACGCUCAAACGAAAUUUUCCAAAUAUGGCUUGACGUACCUUCGUUGAAGGAGAUGUGUUGGCAGACAAUUUGUAGAUCUACAUCUCUUAUUCAACAUUUUUCACGGAAAGAGUUGUAUGGACUAGGAGUCCCAUCAGAAUUUCUUGACAGAAUUUCUUAGCAUAGUUUAUUAACAUUAAUAGUCAAACUCACAUGUUUGCCUUGUGUUAUUCUGUUCCACUUUAUGCUGUGAUGUAAAGCCUUGAUGAUUUGGUGAUUGUUCACAGUUCUUUAACAGGACAGCAUCUGAAAGCAAGUUUAGGAGAUUUACCAGGUUAAUUUAUUGAAAUUAAGCUGCCGUGGUUAUGCCUUUUAUUCCUUUAAAAUAUGAUUUGUAUUUGAAUGGCACAAAUGAUGUUAUUGUAAGAUUCAUCCUUGUUUUUCCAGAUGUGAAAUUGUGGGGGAAAAAACACACAAUUUUUACUUUAAAGUGGUUUUACCACACUUUUAAAUUGAGUGGGGAGUAAAAUAAUGAAUAAUUCAUUGCCAGUUUGUGUGGAACAACAUUAUCUCACCAUUUGUUCUAUGGAAUUUAACAUAAGACUGAACUAUUACUUGUACAUUCAUCUCAGAAUUUGCUCAAGUAGGCAAAGUGUGCCUUUUAGCUCGUAUGUAAAAAAAACACAGUGAGAGGUUAUGUCAUACCCCAUUGGUGUCCUGAGACUGUUAAAUUACUUUAACCGAAUUAUCCAUGUAUUACCUAUACACAAUUCGGCCACUUGUAACACGCUUCUGCCCUUACUAAAUAGAGCCCAAUUUACAACAUUCAAGACUUGGUUACCCCUAUGUAGUAUAAUCCAUGUGUUAAGGUAAAUGUUCAGGGUGUUUUCUCACAAAGUACCGGGGGUUAUUUAGUAAUGAUUCAUUCAGAAUGUAUUGCGUGCAUUCAUCUCAGAUUUUUCAUACAUGUGAAGCCUAAUAACAUGAUGUUCUAUCAUUUAUACUCUCCAUGUAUGAGUCUUAUGUGUAUUAGAAUCCAGUUGUUGAUGUAAUUGUUAAAGGUGAUAUCUCAAAAAUGUAUUGAACUGAAGUACUACAGAUGAGCUCUUUGGUAGCCUUAUUAAAAUACUCCCAUAAAGCACGUCAUAAUAUAUGUACAUAUACUGGCUAAUGUAAAAAAUUUCAGACGACCUUGUCAUGCAAUCACAUUUACAUUCUAGUCAUGAGAAAAUAGUUGAAACCUGAGGGUAUUGAAAUAAGGUAUUGUGCAAUAUAUUAUUUGUCUAUAAUUCUUUGGUACAUGAAAUAUGCAACAUUGUAAAUACAGCUGAGGUUCAUCAAAACUUUGAAACCAUAAAAACUUGACCCACAUGUUUAUAAACUGAUCCUAAUUGGACAAUAUUUAUACUAAAACAUGUAUAUUAAUAAAAUGCAUGCACUGGGUAGAAAACACAAUUUGUCUUCCUACACUAUGUGCCAAUUUUGAAAGACAUGAAGCCAUUUGUGUUUUAUCCUUUCAGUUUCAUGCAUAAAAACAGUAAUGCAAGUAGUUAUGAUAUGGAUUUUUGUUUGUAUAUUUUAUUAGUUUCAUCUUUUUAUUUCUUUUCUUAAAUUUCAGUUUUUCAUGUGGAUCUUGUUUCAUUCCACCUGUACUGAGAUUUAUAGUUUAGAAUGUUUUAAUACAUGUAGUUCAGCCCCUGUCUGUGUCAGACUGUUUGACAUUGUUGAAUUAUGAAUAUGCCUCUAUCUUAUGCUAGAAAGCACAGGGUUGUGCUCUUACAGCUGACAUAGUCAUCUGAUAUCGCUAUCAAUACUGACGUUUUGUUAGCUGUAUCUGAAGAAACACUUGCCAGUAUUUGAAUUCUUACUUUGUGUAUUAGGAAAUUAUUUCACUCUCAGAAAUUAAAUGUUUGAACGACUAUUUUGGUUUGUGCGAAGUUUUGAACUCUCCAAAUUUCUUGGCUACAGUACACAUGGAAUUUUAUUGAUCUCCACUUUGAUUACUUUUAAAAGUAAAAAAAAAAAAACCCAGUUUAAACCAUUUCUUUUUAUCGUAUCUUUUUUUCAGUGUAAUGUUUUCCACGAAAACUAUCAAAAAGUGUUUCGAAAUAUUUUUUAUAUGUGCACGUUGUACAUGUUGUUCAGAAUAAAUUAAAGUUCUGUAUUGAUA